CAGCUCUUGCGCGAUCGCCUCCGCGCCCGCGUGCUCGUGUUAGCUCUGCGGACAUAAAAAGAACGCGACCCCUCCGUCGAUCUUGGUUUGUUGCAGCACAAACACGCACGCACGCAUUCACACACACACACACGUACACUCACACUCACACGCAUACUCACACUUACGUAUUUCGCUCAGUUACACACGGCCGCUGUCCCGGUCCCACACGAGGCUCUCACCGUCUGUGGUGUCUACUGCGUUGACCACAUCCUGAGCAAACAUGUCGCACACGUACAAGUUCAACGUGGCCAUGAGCUGCGGCGGCUGCUCCGGCGCGAUCGACCGCGUCCUCAAGAAGCUCGAAGGCGUCGACAAGUACGAGGUCUCGCUCGAGAAGCAAACCGCGGAGGUCCACACCGACCUUGACUACGAGACUGUGCUCAACACAAUCAAGAAGACGGGCAAGACCGUCAAGUCUGCGGAGGCAGACGGAGUGGAGCAGCCCGUGUAGAGAAUCGUGCUCAUCGGUCGCGGGGGGAGGAGGGGCUCGUGGUGGUGUGUUCUUGCAAUAAAGCGGGGGAACACAGCCGAUACGACAGAGAUACAUAUGCGUCGACAGGUUCUUAGCGUGCUCUCUGCGCGAGACGAAUUACGAAGCGUUGACAUGAAAAUAUCAUACACUGUUCUCUUUUUCUCUCA